AUGAAUGGAUCUUCCGAUGCUCCAUCUCAUAGUCACAUCAAGUACCACAUACUCAAUAUAGCACUUUCGCUUGUUUUCUUUACUGUAUUCUUUAUUCUAACUCUUCUUCCCUAUAGUGAUGGAUUGCGUAUUGACGGUGUGCUCUGUACAGCCGGUGCCGAUGUAGCUGUCGAUCUUCUUCCUGUACCACCUGAUGGUGGCUAUGGAUGGGUGAUUGUUAUAGCUGCUUUCUUCUCAAAUCUCAUCGUUGACGGCGUUUGCACUUCUUUUACGGAGUUCAAGGGUGCUUAUUCACAACAUUUCCAUGCUUCUGACGCCUCAACCGCCCUUAUAGGCUCUUUGCUGAUCGGCGUUUACUUGCUAGUUGGACCUGUUGUGGGUGGUUUGGUGAACAAGUAUGGUGCUCGCAAAGUUGUCAUCGGUGGUGCUCUCAUUGCUGGGACCGCCUUUAUCAUCUCCGUGGCUGCACCCAACAUCUAUGCUUUCAUGCUAAUCUACGGCGUCGUUGGAGGUGUUGGAUUCGGGAUGAUCUAUCUCCCAGCCAUAGUUGUUGUCGGGUAUUAUUUUGAGAGUAAACGAGCUAUAGCUACUGGUAUUGCUGUCGCUGGAUCUGGGGUUGGAACUAUGAUCAUGCCGUUUGUUUGUCAAUAUUGCAUCUCGAAUAUUGGUUGGAAGUAUACGGUUUGGAUUCUGGCAGUACUAGUUUUUCUUUGCGCUUUAUUCGGUCUGCUAUAUCGACCACUGACGCCACCAGCGAUUGAGCAGAAGGAUCAAGAGCUCGUACCGCUCAGAGCUGCACUAAGAAAGAUGUCAGAAGGGGACGACUACGAGGUGGGUAAAUGGUAA